UUGACCUUGACCUUGACCUUAACCUCCUUGACUUGUACACUCACCGCAGCUCUCUUCGUGGCACUCAACUGCGCCAAGAUACGUUUGGAUAUACAGCUCAUUCUCCGCAACACACUCAGCGACAUUUUCUCGUUUUCCUUGCAACAAAUCAUCUCGACGGCGUAAUUUGCCUCGCUCUCACAGCCCCACAAACUGACAGAACCUAAUACUGCGUCUCCCCAAAGGCGGGAAGAGACAGAGGAUAAAGAAGACGGCAUGGAGGACGCUGCGCAAGGAUGGCUUCCCGCUGUUGAGACCUUCGCUAAGGGUACGUUUGCUACAGCAGCUGCUCUUGGUACAGUAGGCAUGGGCUUGCUCUACUACGGGCAGAACUACCUCAUCUAUCCGUCCGCCUUUCCCUCCGGCUCUCGCGUAGAGGUCGCCGUCCCCACCGACUACAACCUUGAUUACGACAGCCUCGACCUCGAAACACCUGACGGCGUAACUCUCCGUUGCUACCUCCUCGUGCAACACAAGGACCUCGGUGCCAACAAGGUCGGCGCCACGCAUAUUGACGAAGACGUGGACCCGGACUUGAGUGACGAGGAUUUUACGGCGAGCCGUCCCACAGUCAUCAUGUUCCACGGCAAUGGUGGCAACCACGGCCACCGCAUCCCGCUCGCGCGCGUAUUCUACCUCAAGAUGCGCUGCAACGUGCUCAUGAUGUCGUACCGCGGAUACGGUCUCUCGGAUGGAUCACCAUCUGAAAAGGGCUUUGUCACCGAUGCACAGACCGCGCUGGAUUACCUGACCUCAGACCCCUUGCUGUCGCGAACCCCAAUUAUCUUGUACGGCCAAUCCAUCGGAGGCGCCGUGUCCAUUGAUCUCGCGAGCAAGAACCCCGAUAAGAUCGCUGCCAUGGUUUUGGAGAACACCUUCAUGUCCAUGCGUAGCCUUGUUCCGCACGUUAUGCCUCUCCUGGGCCCCGUCUCCUUCCUCUGCCACCAACGCUGGGAUUCCGCAUCCAAGAUCCCUCUCAUACCGUCCUCCGUUCCCAUUCUCAUGCUCAGCGGCUCUCGCGACGAGCUCGUCCCGCCAGAGCACAUGCGCGGCCUCUUUGAGCUCGUUGUCGCGCGUAAGGGGGACAAGGGCGACAACGAGAAAGUCAAGUUUGCCGAGUUUCCGAACGGGACGCAUAACGACACGUGCGCUCAACCUGGCUAUUGGAACUGCGUCGCGGACUUCAUCGCCAGCCUGGGCGACAAGCCGACCGAGAAGGCCAAGAAGCAAGCGGAGGCUGGAGCGAGUAUGCUUUGAUGUGAUGUGUCGUAGAUACACCUUCCCUUUGUCCUGUUACUUCUCGUCAUAAUAACCUGGUCUAUCGGUAGCUUAGCCUUCUCUUCUCUUGAUUCCACCCCCUGGUGUUUUCUCUCUUUUUCCUUCAAACGAAGUUGAGCCCUUGUUGCGCGUGGAUAUAGAUACGGAACCAUACUACUCUUAACUCUUGCGCUCAUUAGAGAAUUUCAUGUGUCAUUUGUGCA